ACUACUGCAGUGAGAGGGCAGCCAAGCUGGACAGCGUCUCCCCAAAACAAUAGAGAUUUACCAUCACGGAAUGGCUUAAAGGAAACACCUGGGGAAAUGGCAAGCUCUGACAGCGAGGUCAAAACAUUACUGAACUUCGUUAACUUGGCUUCAAGCGACAUAAAAGCGGCUCUGGACAAAUCUGCGCCAUGUAGACGCUCAGUGGAUCACAGAAAGUAUCUGCAGAAACAGCUGAAGCGUUUCUCUCAGAAGUGCUCCAGGACCCCCCGAAGCAUCUCAAGAGUAACUGAGGACAAACCCGUCAUGUUUUUGCAGGAAAGUCCUAAAAACCAUAUGAACGAAAAGCAGGGUGUGAAUACAUGUGGAGAAGAGAACAUUGAUAAGAACCCAAUCACAGUAGCCCGAAGCACACAGGGUCAGAUCCCCAUGCGCAAGAGGCAACUUCCGGCUUCCUUUUGGGAAGAACCACGUUCCUCACACAAUUUUGAGUACAAAUGGAGGAGACACUUCGAUGGGACUGUAGCAUGCAGGGUUCCAGAAUCUAAUGGUGAGAAAAGAACCAGGAUUCAGGAUGAACAGAAAGCAAACUCGGCUUUGAGCAUCCCACGAACCUGUUCUGACCUGGAGCCGCUUAAGCUGGACCUGAGCUCAUCCAACUUUUCUGUGUGCGCAUACUGUCCAUUACAGUGCCAUGGGAACCGGCUCCUGCAUAGCCACUUUAUAACACCACAUAGUGCUUUCAUCGAACCAGGGUCCAGAGCUAAAAUAGCCACAAGUGAACUUGACAUACACAAAGUUAAGGAUGGAUUAAAAUACAAUUCAACACAUGUUGUGGUCAAGCCAAUUCCAACCAAACCGGUUUCUUCGUCUAUUUUCAGCAUGUUUGGUUUUAUUUGAUAAACAUUACUGUUAAACAUUACUGUUAAAGUGUAAUUCACUGGUUGGGACUUUGGAAAUGAACCAGUUAGUCUUGUGAUCAAUUCUCCAUCAGGUAAAUAACUUCAGAGAAAACAUGAUAAUUUGUUGUUUUAGAGAUAUUACAUUUUUUCAUUAGAUAUGUCACAACAUAUCACUUUCUCACCCCCUAACUGCAUUUCUGAUGAUAAGCAGUGUACCUCCUUGGGUGGGGUGGAGUUCUAUGAACAUUUACUAUACAUUUACUAUCAACAGUGAACAAACUGGACAUUGUUUAAAUCCUUAAAGUGUGAAAAUCCUUAAAGCUUAGAAAUGUCAGAGAAGUGUCAAGAGCAUUGUGAACUAAGGCUGACUUAAAAGGACUUAUUUCUGUUGUUUUAUAAGCCAAUGUAAGUUUGGGCUCAAAAUGUACAUGUUUUACCAGCCUGGAUAGAAAAGUCUGUAUUCUUUGUAUUGUAUUGUAAUUAAUAAAUCAAGCACUUA